UCCCAAUUCUUGCACAAGAAUUUGGAUCGCAAUCUCAUUCGUGGCAUAGAUUUUGAUCAAGGCUUAAGACAAGAAUCGAUAUCUGGUGAAUGUCCGCCUAAGAAUCGCGACGACAUAUGUAUUACAUACAAAGAUGAGUGCGGGGAAGACCGCGAUCAUUGUGUUGAAGGUCAGGGCUCCAGACAAGAACCGAUAUCUGGUAGAUGUCCGAAAUUGAACAACAAAAUGAUCGCUUGUUUCCGACGCUACGAUCAUUGUCCGCGAGUCGGUCUCUAUUGUGUUGACGGCGUUUCCCAAUGUUGUCCCGGAGAGUGCGACCCUAAUAACUUUACAGAU